CAACAACUGGGAAAAGCACAGCGACAUCACGUACCUACCGAGGUCUGGAGCGUCUGCUGAGAGACGGCAAGGCCGGGUGGGUGAUGGGAGCCAGCAACGAGGUGAUCAGACAGAUUGUCGGCAAAUCCGUUCUUCUUGGUAUGGACGCCGUGGACUACUGGGAGAAGAAUGUCAACACGCGCGUAGUGCACCAUGAGCUGAAGAAGAUGACUCUCGAACAGAAGGAGACGUUGGCCAAGGAGCUGAUGGAAGACGUGCAGAACGGCCACCUCUCGGCCGAAAAGAUCGCAAGCAUCCAAGAUGAGGACUUUGAGAACCCCUUCAGCACUGGCCCGCCGCAUUACGUCAACAAGACGCUGAUGCUGAAUGGCCACGAGUGCACGCCCGGCCUGAGCCCGGACAGCUACACCAAGAUGACGCUCGAGAAGCGUUCGCCAAUCGGCGACAACAUGGAGCAGUUUGACUUCGCGUACCCCAGCAAGGACAAGCACAGCGGCUGCCUGCCGGGGCAGUAUGUCAAGGUGCGGAUCCAACCCGCCGGUCACCCGGUGCAGGAGCGCUACUUCUCACCCGUGUCUCGACCAGACGAGCCCGAUCGGCUGCAGCUGAUCCUCAAGUUCGAGACGGCUGGCAUUCUGUCGCACCAUUUCCAGCAGCUCAAGCCGGGAGAUUCGAUCGAGGUGAUGGGUCCGUGCGGCGGCUUCGAGUACCACGCCAACACCACGGACCACCUGACCCUGAUGGCCUCGGGCGCCGGGGUCACGCCCUGUCUGCAGCUGGUGCGCUCCAUCAUGGCGGACCCGCAGGACCGCACCCAGGUGCACCUGCUGUACUACUCCGAGACCAUCGACGAUGUCCUGCUCAAGGACGAGCUGGACAAAUACCAGGGCACCGACCAGCGGCUGAAAAUCCUAUACAGCCUGGGCGAGGCACCGGAGGACUGGGACGGCGAGGAGGGCUUCAUCGAUACCGACAUGAUCCAACGCACGGUGCCAACACCCAAUGGAGGCCGCUGCAAGAUGGUGCUGUGUGGCGGUCCGACCAUGAUCAUCUCCUCUCUGAGCUCGCUGCGACAGUUGCACUACCCUGCCCGCGACAUCUUCGUCUACGGCCAGUUCGGCGCCGAGCACGUCCGCAUGGUCUUCGGCCGCAACGUCCAGCUGUCCGGCCACUCGUCCAGCUGCGCCGUCUGAGGUCACGCGUGUACCAUCUGGGGUCACGCGUGCGCCGUCUGAGGUCACGCGUGUACCAUCUGAGGUCACGCGUGUACCGUCUGAGGUCACGCGUGCGCCGUGUGAGGUUACGCGUGUACCAUCUGAGGUCACGCGUGUACCGUCUGAGGUCACGCGUGCGCCGUCUGAGGUCACGCGUGUACCGUCUUAGGUCACGCGUGUACCAUCUGAGGUCACGCGUGUACCGUCUGAGGUCACGCGUGUACCAUCUGAGGUCACGCGUGUACCGUCUGAGGUCACGCGUGUGCCGUCUGAGGUCACGCGUGUACCAUCUGAGGUCAGGCGUGUGUCCUCUGAAGUCAC